AACAAUUAUCUGAACAAUUCUGGUGAUCGGUCCAUUUUGAGAGCAAUCAUCGAUCUGAAGAGUGUCUCACUGCGCUGACGCGCGAGGGAACUGUCGUAGAGCUGUGACACCGUCAGGAUGCUGUGGCUGCUGGUGGUGCUGGCGCUGACCUUGGCGGCGCUGCAAUACCGCUGGCGCCGGCGCGCCCUCUACCGCCUCCACGCGGCGCUGGCCGCCGACCUGCCCGGCCACCCCCUCGUGGGUCACGCCACCUUACUCAUCGGCACUGAUGAAGACCGGAUGAAGGCGUUCCAGCUGAUCGGGCGCGCGGCGCUGCGGCAGGGCGGGCUGGCCUCCGCCUGGAUGCUCAACCGACUCUACGUGGUGGUGGCGGACGCCGUGGUAGCGGGUGUGGUGGCGCGGCGCUGCCUCGACAAGGACGAGGCCACCAUGGGCUUCAUCCGCACCCUAAUCGGCAACGGCAGCAUCUUCGCGCCAGUGGAAAUUUGGCGUCCGCGGCGCAAGAUUCUGGCGCCGGUGUUCGGCGUGCGGCGCGUGGCGGCGUUCGUCGGCGUGUUCGACCGGCACGCCGCCGCCGCCGCCGACCAGCUGCGCGCGCUCGCGGGCGCCGGAGACUUCUCGCUCUGGGACCCGCUCAGCGCGUAUACCUUUGAUGCCGUUUGUGAGACGUCGCUGGGCGUGCGGCUGCGCUCGCAGGGCGGCGCGCCGCACCCGUUCCUGCGCGCGUUCGCGGGCGCGCAGCGCGAGCUGGCGCGCCGCAUGUGCGCGCCGUGGCUGUACCCCGGCGCGCUGUACCGCCUGCUGCCGCCGCACCGCCGCUUCGCGCGCUGCCGCCGCCUCAUACACUCCUUUAUCGACGAGGUAAUAAGGGAUAAGCGAAAAACAAUGUCAUCACUAGAAAAUAAAGAGUCAGCGAGCGCGGACGCGGACACGGACAGCGGCCCCGCGAGCUUCCUGGAGCUGAUGCUGCAGGGUGGCGAGUACUCGGAGCGCGAGCUGCGCGAGGAGGUGAUGGUGCUGGUGAUGGCCGGCUCCGACACCACCGCCCUCGGCGCCGCCUUCACGCUGCUGCUGCUGGCGCGCCACCCGGCCGUGCAGGACCGGCUGCGCCGAGAGUGUGACGUGCUGGUGAUGGCCGGCUCCGACACCACCGCCCACGGCGCCGCCUUCACGCUACUGCUGCUGGCGCGCCACCCGGCCGUGCAGGACCGGCUGCGUGACGUGCUGGUGAUGGCCGGCUCCGACACCACCGCCCUCGGCGCCGCCUUCACGCUGCUGCUGCUGGCGCGCCACCCGGCCGUGCAGGACCGGCUGCGCCGAGAGCCGGCUCCGACACCACCGCCCUCGGCGCCGCCUUCACGCUACUGCUGCUGGCGCGCCACCCGGCCGUGCAGGACCGGCUGCGCCGAGAGUAACUACAUACUGUACUGUAUACUCCUAGGUGACGUGCUGGUGAUGGCCGGCUCCGACACCACCGCCCUCGGCGCCGCCUUCACGCUGCUGCUGCUGGCGCGCCACCCGGCCGUGCAGGACCGGCUGCGCCGAGAGUUGACGGAGGUGCUGGGGAGGGGCGACGCGCUGUCGGCGGCGGCGCUGGCGCGGCUGCGGUACCUGGACGCCGUGGUGCGCGAGGCGCUGCGCCUCUACCCGCCCGUGCCCGUCACCGUGCGCGAGGUGCACGAGGACGUCGAGCUGCCUGGCGGGCUGGUGCUGCCGGCGGGCGUGGCGGUGCUGCUGAACACGUGGGCCACGCACCGCAGCGCGGCGUACUGGGGCGCCGACGCCGACUGCUUCCGCCCCGAGCGCUUCCUGCAGGCGCCGCCGCGCCACCCCGCGCAGUUCAUGCCCUUCGGCUACUCCACGAGGAACUGCCUCGGUUCCCAAUACGCGAUGCUGGCCAUGAAGACAGUGCUGGCACACACGUUGCUGCACUUGCGGGUGUUGCCGCCGGCCGACGCUGGCGACGCUCCCGCCGACGAAGCCGACGCGCCGCUGCGAGUCAAGUUCGACAUCGCCAUGAAGCACGUUGACAAUUACAUGGUGCGGGUGGAACUCGUGGACUAGACAAAUAGCCAUGUGCCUACUUAAAAUGUACAGUGUGAGCUCAGUAUGCAAAAAGUGUAUAUUAUAAACACAAAAAUGGAA